AUGGAUGACCUCCCUUCAGAGAUAGUUCUGAAUAUCACUUCAUAUCUAGAACCUUCAGACAUUGUCAAAUUGCAAUUUGUUUCCAAACGAUACCUGGAAUUAGGUCGCGAUGAUACACUUUGGCGAGAUCAGUGUUUUACCCAUUCUUCCUUUCUCGAAAGGCUUCGCAGACGUCAAGAAUUAAUAUCCACAGAACCAGAGGACGAUUCAGGUAUGCGCGAUUUAGCCAUAGCUCUUGCUACAAAUAAUGGAACAGGCGAUUCGAGACUACAUAAACCUCGGCAUGAAGCUCGCGAUCUCAAAGCUCAAUCCAAUGAGCGGGUUAGGAUAUUGGCGAAUUGGGAUCCGAGUUAUCCGACUGAGAAGGUUAAAUGGUAUGAUGAGUACAUAGCGAGAAAUGCGCCAAUUUCAACAAGUUGGGUGCAACAGCCUCGACAUCGCGAAAGUGCUAGUCAUGAACAUUUGGAGGUACGAGGAAUGGCGUUGUAUACACCCAUGGGAGAAACUAAAACCACGAUGGUGGUUGCACCUCUUGAUGAUGGUUCCAUUUGUAUCUGGGAUAUCAGUACUGAUGCCCCCAAAAAGGGUAGCAUUAUUGCAAGAAGCAAGUCAGGAAUUUUGUCCGUGGAUGGGCAAAAAGAUCUUAAGUCAAGAUCAAAGAUGAUAAGUACAGGUGUCACAGAAUGCAUUAGUGUUGACAGUACUUUAAAGAGAGCCUAUGUUGCUGUUCAAAGUGGUCUUGUCGAAGUUGAUCUUGAGACCUUACAGACAGUAAAUCAUGAAAGAUAUCCAUUUUCUAUCACUGCUCUUUCCGAGGCAAAACAUCCAACACCUCUCACUGUGGGAACCAAUCUCUCUCUCUACCUUCAUGAUUCUCGUCAAAGAACAAAUGUUGGAUCGCCCAGCCAGGCUGAGCGUCUUGAUUUUUUUAGGGGCACAUCUGGCUCUGCUAGCAAUCAUUUUAGUUUCAAAAGCUUGCUAGAUCCAGAACCAAGCGCCGAGUACGCCCAUCUGUACCAACCGGGCCCGCUCAGUAUUGUUCAUCUACCCAGUGCAGGAAGUGAAUGGAAUGGUAAUGGAGAUAUAUACGUUGCUGGUCGAUUUCCUAGCAUUCUCAAUUAUGAUCGUAGAAAUUUUCCUAAGCUGCGCGGGACGAUUCAUUCUGGCGCACGCUUAUCUCAGAUUGCUAGUCUUCCAUAUCCUUUUGCUUCAAUGGAGAAAGACCUCGCCCGUCGGGGUGAAUUGUCUGUCGAGCAAGUAUGGCAAGCAAAGACUAGACCAGGGAAAACGUUGAUUGCUUGCGGUGAGUACAACAGUAAAGGCUCUUUGGAGAUGUACGGUCUAUCACCUGACCCAAAUCUCUCCAAUAUAUCUUCCCAAUUUUCUGCCGGGCGUCUGCAAGAUUCUACCAUGAAGAAUCGUCAAACAUCAUCCAGCUCAAAACUCUUAUCUGUUGCCAAUCAUGGUACCCGCAUUGUUGUUUCCGACGGUGGGGGCAAUCUGAAAUGGUUUGAGAGGGAUGGAUUUACCGAGUCACGAAGAUGGAACAUUGCUCACGGUUCUGUUGAAGCCCCGAGGGGCAUAUUUGGCACAUUGGGCGAUUCUUACAUGGAUUCUGGAUCUGGAGACAUUGCGCUCAAGAUUUUGACAACUGACUCUGGGCUCCAUGAUCAAUCGGUCAACGAAAAUGAUCUUGUUUUGUGGACGGGAGACAAAAUAGGGCUAUUGAAUUUCUCUAACAAACCUGGGUUCACGGCCGACUCCUUUGAAGAAAUCCCCAAGACUGCUGAGGAGGCUCUGCGGGAAAAGGAAGAACAUACCCAUUCAGAAACUAUGAGAAGAGCAUUAGAGAUGCAAGCGAACGAGGUCAGGUACGUGAGAGGUUUAGGAAUGGGAUUUGUGUAG